UGUGGUAAAAGAUGGUGAAUGCAAAUUGAAUAUUAAGGUUUUGUUGUCCAUUUGAUUUCUAUUCGGACAAACUGACGUUACAUUCUCUUUCUUUCAUGAAGCUUUAAUCUCAGACAAUCAAUGGCUUCCAGUGGAAAUCCAAAUCCAAAUCCAAAUCCCAAUCCAAAUCAACAAAAUCAUUUUGAUAUGAACAAAUUAUUUAAACCCACAAAUCUAGCACCAAUUCAAUCUUCCCCGCAAAACCCUACAACUAUGGCUGCUCCAUUAACUCCAUCAGCUUCAUACCCACCACCAACUGCUUCACCAUAUCCAUUUCCUCCACAAAACCACCCAUCUCCGCCGUUACCGUAUUACAAUCAAAUUCCUUCUCAAGAUUUACACCAUCAAAGAUCUGUUUCUUUCCCGACACCGCCUCUUCAACCUCACAAUCCAACUCCAGGUGCUCGAUUAAUGGCUUUGCUUAGUAACCCUCCUUCGGAUCUUAAUUACUCUCAACAAAACGCAACUCAACCGAGUUCUUCUGAUUUUUCAAUGGCGUCCAAUGUCCAGCCUACUCCAAUUCGUAUGCCCAGUAGGAAGCUUCCUAGGGGCCGUCAUAUAGUGGGUAAUCAUAUGGUUUAUGAUAUCGAUACGAGGGUUCAAGGUGAGGAGCAGCCUCAAUUGGAGGUUACUCCAAUUACUAAGUAUGUAUCUGAUCCUGGACUCAUUCUUGGACACCAAGUUGCAGUCAACAAAACCUAUAUUUGCUAUGGUCUUAAGAUGGGAAAUAUUCGUGUACUUAACAUUAAUACUGCCUUGAGGUCUCUCCUACGAGGGCAUACCCAGAGAGUUACAGACAUGGCCUUCUUUGCAGAGGAUGUUCAUUUAUUAGCUAGCGCUAGCAUUGAGGGAAGAGUUUACGUAUGGAAGAUUUCUGAAGGUCCAGAUGAGGAAGAAAAGCCACAAAUCUCUGGACAUAUUGUUCUUGCUAUUCAUAUAACUGGGGAUGAAGGAUUUGUCCAUCCACGAGUUUGCUGGCAUUGUCACAAACAAGAAAUACUUGUUGUAGCCAUAGGAAAAAGUGUGCUCAGAAUUGAUACUACCAAAGUCCACAAGGGUGUUGAGUUUUCUGCAGAGGAACCUUUUGUGUGUCCUUUGGAUAAGCUAAUUAAUGGGGUUCAACUUGUUGGUAAACAUGAAGGGGAGGUUACAGAUUUAUCAAUGUGCCAGUGGAUGACUACUCGUUUGGUUUCUGCUUCAAAAGAUGGAACGAUUAAGAUUUGGGAAGAUCGGAAGGCACAACCACUUUUGGUAUUGAGGCCCCAUGAUGGUCAUCCUGUUGAUGCGGCUAAGUUUCUGACUGCCCCACAUCGUCCAGACCACAUCAUGCUUAUCACAGCCGGGCCACUUAACCGAGAGGUGAAGCUUUGGGCUUCCGCUGAUGAAGAAGGGUGGCUUUUGCCCAGUGAUGCUGAAUCUUGGCGGUGCAUACAGACACUAGAGUUGAAAAGUUCUGUUGAGGCUCAAAGCGAGGAAGCAUUUUUUAAUCAGGUUGUAGCUCUCUCACAUGGAGGACUUCUGUUACUCGCAAAUGCGAAGAAGAAUGCUAUAUAUGUAAUUCACUUAGAAUAUGGUGCCAACCCAGCUGUAACGCGAAUGGAUUAUUUAGCUGAGUUUACUGUUACUAUGCCUAUUUUGAGCUUUACUGGGACAAGCGAUAUAUUACCUCAUGGAGAACAUCUUGUUCAGGUUUAUUGUGUCCAGACACAAGCCAUACAGCAGUAUGCUUUGGACCUCUCACAAUGCCUGCCACCGCCAUUGGAUAACUUGAGAUUAGAGACAUCAGAGUCUGAUUCUCGUGAUGCUGCUGAUGGAACUCCUUCUUUAGAGCCAUCUGCAAGUAAAUCUUUUGAAGUUCCUUUUUCUACAGCCAAACCAAGUAUCAGUGGCGUUGGCAGUUCAUCUGAAGUUAAGGGUCCUGUGAGCGCUGCUUCUGAUACAACCUCCAUUCAAGAAAUUAUUGCUUCAAAUGUGGAUUCCAAUUCUGUUUCGUUAUUAUCUGCAUCUAGCAACGCUGAUGUGGCCUCUGUUCCAUCUCCUGCUCUUCCUCUUAGUCCAAGGUUGACGAAAAAACUCAGUGAUCUCCGUAGUAAUCAAGCUCCUACUGAUUAUCCUGUUGAUGGGCAGAUUGAUAUUACACAAACAAGUUCAUCAGCCUUGCCUUCCUCUAAUUAUGAUAACAGAGCUAUACAAGGGAAUGCUCUUGAUGUAGUCAAUCCACCUGUCACAUUUAAACACCCAACUCAUCUUGUUACACCCUUCGAGAUUAUGGCUACUUCAUCACCUGAUGCAACCCGUGUUUCUGAAAAAGGUGACAAUGAUGCUAAAAUUCAAGAUGUUGUUUUGAAUAAUGACAAAGGAAAUGUUGAAAUGGACGUUAAAGUUGUGGGUGAAACUGGGUUUGCUAGUAAUGAUGAGUCUACUCGUACAGCAGAUUCUCAAGUCAUAACAGACAGGAAGGAGAAAUCCUUCUUUUCUCAGGCGUCUGAUCUUGGGGUUGAUAUGAGUCGAGAGUAUUGUGCAUUACCAUCUGAAACAUCUAUUAUGGAAGAAGCUAGAAAUAGCAUUAUGGAGGCUCUAGCACAACCAUCAAAUUUUUGUGAGGAGGAAGGAGAUGAAACAAGCAAUGAUGUGUCAGGAAAGGCUGCUGAUUUUUCUGUCUCGACGAGUGUGCCACAGUCUUCUAUAACUGUUUCCAAAGCGAAGAAGAAUAAAGGGAAAAAUUCUCAAGUAACCGGUUCACUGUGUCCUUCACAUAGUGUCUCAAAUUCUGCAGAACUGUUGCAGGUGCCCGUUUCAGGUUCUAGUGUGCCGUUAAUGGAGCCUAAUUCACAGAUUCUGGCUAUGCAUGAAACUCUUAAUCAGAUAUUAGCAAUGCAAAAAGAAAUGCAGAAGCAGAUGAGUACAGUGGCAGCUGCACCAGUUGUCAAAGAGGGAAAAAGAUUAGAGGCAGCUCUAGGACGUAGCAUAGAGAAGAAUUCAAAGGCAAAUACUGAUGCUUUAUGGGCUCGUAUACUGGAAGAGAAUGCUAAACUCGAAAAGUCAUUACGAGGUAUGACACAAAUUCCUGGUCUUAUAAGUAACAUUGUGAACAAGGAGCUGCUUGCUGUACUUGAGAAAACAUUGAAAAAAGAAUUGCCUGCGGUUGGAACAAAUGUAGCUCGUGUAUUAAGUCCGGCUGUAGAGAAAACUAUUUCUUCUGCUAUAACGGAUUCCUUUCAGAGAGGAGUUGGUGACAAGGCAGCAAGUCAACUGGAAAAGUCUGUAACAUCAAAACUUGAAACUACUGUUGCUAGGCAAAUCCAAGUGCAGUUUCAGACUUCUGGUAAACAAGCACUUCAGGAUGGGUUGAGAUCUUGUUUAGAGGCUUCUAUUAUCCCUGCUUUUGAGAUGUCCUGCAAAGCAAUGUUUGAGCAAGUUAAUUCUGCAUUCCAGAAGGGAAUGGCUGAACAUACGACUACAGCAACACAUCAAAUAGAAUCGACGAAUUCCCAGUUGGCUCUUGCUCUGAGGGAUGCUCUAAAUUCAGCAUCAUCUCUUACUCAAACCUUGAGUGGAGAAUUGGCUGAUAAUCAGAGGAAACUGUUAGCUCUAGCAGCUGCUGGUGCAAAUUCAAACUCUGGAAAUUCAUUGAUUACCCAAUUGAGCAACGGUCCUUUGGCGGGUCUGCAUGAGAAGGUUGAGCAGCCAUUCGAUCCAACCAAAGAAUUAUCUAGGCUAGUUUCUGAAAACAAGUAUGAGGAGGCAUUCACUGCUGCUUUGCAAAGAAGUGAUGUAUCUAUUGUCUCCUGGCUAUGUUCACAGGUUGACCUGCAGCGACUGUUGUCAACAAUUCCUCUGCCUUUGAGCCAAGGGGUUUUACUGUCUCUUCUGCAGCAGCUCGCUUGUGAUAUAUCAAAAGAUACAGCUAGAAAGCUGGCGUGGAUGACUGAUGUUGCUACUUGCAUAAACCCGCAUGAUCCGAUGAUCGUAGUGCAUGUGCGUCCGAUUUUGGAGCAGGUUUACCAGAUAUUAAAUCAUCAACGAAGCCUCCUUAACAACUCGUUCGUAGAGUUGUCGAGCAUCCGUGUGGUCAUGCAUAUCGUUAAUUCCAUGUUGUUGACCCUCAAAUGAUCCUGUUGUCCGUGUGAUCAUGAUUGUGUAUAGAAGUCGUUUUUGUCUCGCUUGAGGGCUGGAAACUUGUAAAUCGAGAUGUUUGUCUUGAUUGAAUUAAUUUCAAGUUUCCUAUACAUGUUGUAGAAGAAUGAACUUGUUCUAUGCUGCUGAAUAAGAUUUAAGGCUAUUAAGCAAGUGUAGAGAAGCAUAUUAAGAUGGACAUGAACUCCGUCUCGAUUUUGUGCCUUCAUUAGAGGCGAACCUUUGUAGAUUUCAGACUCGUUGUCUCGUCAUGACCGUAAUAUACAAGACAAAUUUUGUUCUGUUUUACUCUUA